AUACAAUAACAUAGGUGACAAUACCAAUAUGAAAGUAGAGCAUUAGCAGAACGAAAACAAGAGAAAGUCGAACCAGUCUGCUGUGUUUGUGUGUGCGUGCGUAGUGGACCUACAAAACUGCAUCAUGACUAAGUGAAACUAAUCAAAACUACUGCUAAGGAGACAUACCAGACUACUUUCUUAGCACACUCAAUCUUCGAAUUUCGCAACAGCUUAGAAGACAGCAACAAUAUGGAUAGCUUACGUCUGUAUUUGGUCACUUGGAAUGUAGCGACCCAAGCACCAGAGGAGGAUGUCACUGCACUUCUUGGUUUGAGCAAUCGCUCACCUAAGGACAAGCUCCCCGAUUUGUAUUUUAUCGGCCUCCAAGAGGUAAAAUCUCAGCCUCAGAACAUGCUUCUGGAUGCCCUGUUUGAUGAUCCAUGGUCAAACACCUUCAGGACUGUUAUGGCAAAACAUAAAUAUAUCAAGAUAAAGACCAUUCGACUACAGGGCUUAGUUCUCAGUGUCUUCAGUCUCAGCCACCAUCUAACCCACUUGAGAGACAUCCAGACACAGUUUACAAAAACUGGCCUCGGAGGAAUGUGGGGAAAUAAAGGAGCUGUAACUAUUCGCUUUAAUCUAUACGGAUGUUCAAUUUGUGUUGUGAAUUCUCACUUAACGCCCCAUGACCAUCUGUUAAAAGAACGUGUUGCUGAUUACAACACUAUUGUUGGCUCUCAAUCAUUCUCUGUUGGAGAGACGUCUCGAAUAUUCCUUCAUGACUAUGUAUUUUGGAUUGGAGACUUGAAUUUCCGUUUGGCUGAUCCAAAUGUUCUAACUGGUCCAGAAAUAAAACGUCUGGUUGAAUGUGGCGAGUUGAAAUCACUGCUGGACAGGGAUCAACUUCGACAAGCUAUGGCUCUUGGCUCAGCUUUCAGUGAAAUGACAGAGCAGCUUCCAAGCUUCCCUCCUACUUACAAACAUCACUUGCAUAGUUCUGCCUAUGAUUUGAAACGUCGACCAUCUUGGACAGACAGGGUACUGCAUUUUGUGCAUAAAAACGUCUAUGAAAACAUUACUUUGCAUGCUGAACAACUGUCAUACACCAGUGUCCCUCAAUAUGAGCAAAGUGACCAUAAACCAGUUAUAUCUGAGUUUGCAAUUAAGGUUUUCAGUGACUAUCAUGAUAGAUUGGUUGAAUUCAUGCCUGUUGAAGACUGGUAUUUGGAUGAGAUGAACAGUGUAUUUUGUCACAUUGGAGAUGAUGUGAAACAUUCCCCAUGGGACUGGGUUGGUCUCUACAAGGAGGACUUUUCAAGUUUGGAUGACUAUCUUUGCUAUGUCUAUGUAAGCACUACUCCAUUUUGGGCUGAGCAAAGUAUAAAUCAAUCCAGCCAGAAUCGUAAUACCUUAAAAUUGACUUUCCCUGAUACUGCUGCUCGGCUGCCUGGUAAAUACCAGGUUGUCUAUGUCACGAAUAGCCCUGUUUCUGUUUUGGGAAUCAGUGCCCCUUUCCAAGUCUAUUCUCCACGGCAGCCAACUUUUGAUUGGGGGCAAUCAUGACCGCCCUGCCGCCAGUGGCUGCUAAUGCAUCAAAGUCUUGCCUGUUCCUGAAAAUAUCUUCCUCAUUUCUCUUUCUUUUCUGUGUGCAGAUUCAAGGUAUACCAGAGAUUAAUUUUUACCUCUAGUGUAUGAAGUAAAUGUUUUAAGAAUUGGGUAAAAUGACUUUUUACCCUGGAAAAACAUAUGUUGGUGUAUGGUGUGGUUUGUGUUAAUUGCCAGACUGAACAUAGUACAAUGUGUGGUGGUAUCUGUGUAAAACCACGCAAUUGCAUACUGAUUAGUGCUUAAGCAGCUAGCUGUGACAACUCAGUUUUAUUUUUUUGACCCUCUGAAUCAUUCAGGUCCUGAGUUGUCAGUGCUUGAUCUUUUACCUUUUAUGAUUUUAUAGAUGGUUUAAAGUUUGAGUCAUUAAUCAACAUUUUUAGCACUCUGUGAAGGAUUUUUUAAAAAUCUUUACAAUACUAAAUACGGAUUCUGUACAAAACCUUGUUUGAAUUUAGCUUCCCAGUUACCUUUACCUUGCAUUUACUGUAUAUGUUAAGUCACCAUAGCUUAUUUUAGUGAGAGUUCUAUUUUCCUAUGAGAUUGUUUUCAUAUAUCAUUCCUCAUUCUAUUGUCUGUUGUACCCCUAGAAGUGAACAACAUAUGGCAAACAAGGGUGUUGUUUGAAAAACCACUUGUUUUCUUGUUGUUGUAGUUGUUGUUUUUGUGUUCUGGCAGCUCAGUGCAGCUUCAUAGAUGUGUGACAUGACCUUGUACCUGUCAAUCCAUGAGUAUACUGGUAAUUUCAGUAAAAACUGCUAUGUUAAUAUUAUAAGAUUUGUCAUAUUACAUGCAAUCAUGUUUAUUUUUUCCAUUUUAUUAAAAUGGUGGCUGCAUUAUUUUUACUAAAUUGUAAAUUUUGAAGAGAAAACGUUGGUUUUUUUCUCUUAUAGUUUGUAACCCAGAGAGCACAAAUGACUGCUUUUGCUGUGAGGUUACACUGCUUACAAAUGGAGUCUCUUCUAUAUCCGUCCUUAAAGUAAAUUCAUAUGUUACUUUGUGUUGAUUUGUGUUUUACAUACUAUGCAUAUAAUCCGUUAAAGUCUGUUCAGAGACUAGAUGAACUAGUCUUUGGUAAUGAGUAAUGAGUAACGAGUGACCUUUGCCUAAGGUAUGUGGAAUGUUUCAUUGGCUGUUACUUUAAAUGUGUUAUGACUUACGGGUCAUUAUCCUGAUAAUGGUGAUACUUAAUAUUGGGUCUUACAUUGCAUGAUUAUGCUGUACUUGCGAUCAGUGAGCUCCACAAUCUGUGAUAUGAGAAGUUUCUUAGAAUGCAUUAGAAUGAAAAAUCAAUUGAAGUUUAUGGCUUUUCCUUAUUUUCAUCUGUAGACUCUUAUUUGAAGUGCAGCGUAUUCUCUGUACUGAAUUUAUGCUUGUUUGUUUCAUCCCGGCCCCCCUUUUUUUGGCCAGUAUGAGUCGGUACUAUUAUCAAUCUACUUAAUCUCUUUGUGGUAAAGGGUAGAAUUAUUGAAUCAGUCGUGCAUCAGGCAAAAAAGGUCUCAAAUUAUUAUUUUUUUUCAUUUGAAAAAAUUGGGUGUUUAGAAAACAACAAUCGUUUCUCAGUAUUCUUAGGACAAAAUGCUACCAUGUUCCUAAUUUGCAUAUAUAAUUGGCUAUUAAGUUUCUAAUUAUCAUUUUUGCAAAGGGUCACCUGGCUUGAAUUAUUGACAAUUUUACAGUAUAAUCCUAGAAAUUGUUUAUGGGGCCCUUUCUACUUAUAGGUGCUUGCAAUCAGAAGAUAAGAACAAUGCUACAUUCAAAGUACCAUAAUUAUGACAUUGCUCAAAUCAAUCAGUCUUAUGUUAAAUUAAGACUAACCUGCUUACUCUAGUCCACUGUCAGUAUCUUUUAAACUACACACUCCUUUGAUAAUUAAUGGAUUUUAAAAAUUUGGCAUCUUAGUUUUUGCAUCAGUUAGCACGAAUGCCUAUCUACUUAAUGCCCUAUUGUUUAUCUUGGUCAUGUAUCGCAUGAACCUAUCUUAAUACCUCAUUCAACCAAAUGAACUAAUACAUCAGUCAGAAUUGGAGGGAGCCAAUACUAUGCUGAAAUGACCCAAUGACAUGUACUGCACAAAACUUUGCCUAAGGGAUGUUCUCUUUAGAAAUUUGUUACUGAACUGAAGAGAAGUUUAUUGAGUUGUUAUUUGACAAUAGUCGUUGAUUUAGAUUGUUGUACUGUCUUCAUUACACUUGUUUAGUGACACUGUCUGCCUGAAUUUGUUUUGCAUCAAUAUUAUAAAGUGUAUUGUUGAACUGUU